AAGUAGUCAGUCUGCAUUGUGGGUCUGGGAGUGGUCAGUCUGGGAGUGGUUAAACUGGGAGUGGGCAAUCUGGGAGUGGCCAGUCUGGGAGUGGUCAGUCUGUGGUGUGGGCCUGAGGGUGUGGACAGCAGCGUGAGUGUGGGUCUGCUGCCACUCCCUGGUUUAUGGAGCGGGCUCGCUGUGUGCAGAGAGAGACGCCUUUCCUGGCGGCCUGGAGCUGACUCACCUCUCUCUCGCUCUCUGUGUCAGUAUGUCCACACCGGGACUGACAGCUGCUUGCUCCCGGAUCGCACUGUGCCCCUGCCUCCGGCACAGCAGCUAAAAGUGCCCCGGUUCUCCGGCCAGACAGUAACAUGCAGGGGCUAUAUCCACAACCGCAGCAGGGGAUGUCUGCAGAGGAUGAUACUCUGAAAAGACAAGAUGAUAUGUGGCCCGAGCUUGAGAAGGCUGAAAAACUGGCCCGAGGAGCCGCAUUGAAAUGGGCGUCGGGAAUCUUCUACCAUCCAGAUCAGCUGGAGAGAUUGGGCCAAUAUCGCAAGAGAGAGACACAAAGAACCUCCUCUGUUCAGUCCAGGUUAAAGUCUGCUGUUCAGUCGUAUCUGGAAGGGGUCGGGACAGGCCUUGGGCAGCUGAAGGCUUCUCUUGAUGAUGUCAGGGCAGUGCGCCGCACCCUGGUUGACGUCUGUGAAGACUGGCAGAACAAAGUCAGUGGGUUUGAAGGCCUGGGGCAGCUACGCAGCCUGGUUUCUGACCAUGUCCAGUUGGCUACUGUAGUGCACAAUUUACAGCAAGUGUUCUCAGUCCCUGAGGUUGUGAGUGAGACCCGGCAGCUGAUAGAGGAAAGGAGGCUGCUGGAGGCCCAUGCCAAGCUGAUGGAGAUGGAGUGCUGGCGAGACAGCAUCCUUCAGCAGCUACACCGUGCCGGGAGGCAGAACACAGAGGGGGAGCAGAUUGUCUUGUCGUAUUUCGCCGUUGUCGGUCGGCUCAACGAGGAGCUGGCCAAGGAACUCUGGGAUGUCGUGAGCUGUGGCCUAGCCCUGGUGAAGCAGGACCCGUCCCUCUUUGUCUCGGCCAUUCGCAUCAUCGAGCGGGAAGAGCGGAUCGACCAGGCAGCCAUGGACGGCCAAAGCCAGCACCUGUUUCUCCCUCCUGGGAGGCCGAAAAAUCUGCGGCAGACCUUUUUUAAAGUUAUCGAGCAGUCGACCACGGCACAGUUCCGAGCGAGGCAAACCGACACAAAGGGACCGGGGCUGGCCAAUCAUCUGGCGGUCUUACACAACAAUAUUCUCAGCGAUCUCAAAGUAGUGAAGCAUUUGAUGGUGCAGUGCUGUCCACCCCAGUACAACAUCCUACAGACCUAUGUGCUGCUGCACCACAGUUGCCUUUCGGGGCAUCUGCAAGAUAUUAUAUCUUGGGACUUAGAGAAGAGUGAGAUCUACACAGUGCUGAGCUGGAUACGUCACAUUUACCACAGCCGUCCAAAGAUGCUCACUCACCCAGAUCUCUCUCCCGAUGUCGACAUUGUGUCACCGGGACCUCUGAUUUCCCAAGAUGCCCUGGAGCAGCUGCAGAAUAAGUAUGUCAGCGCUGUCCGGGUGGCAGUGUCAGACUGGAUGCAGAAAGCCUUGGAAGCUGAAGUGAAUGACUGGUACCGAGAGGAGGAGCCUGAGUCUGACCACGAAGGUUACUACCACUCCAGCCUGCCAGUGAUUGUAACCCAGAUGCUGGAAGAGAAUGUCCAGGUGGCGAUGGUCAUCAGUGACUCUCUCAGGGACCAAAUGGUCACAAUGGCCCUGCAAGAACUGGAGUCUUUCCUGUGCAGGUUCCGAGAGGCAGUGAUCAGUUAUGGCAAGGAACGACAGAAACCCUCACAGCCCAAGUACUACCUGCUGUACCUGCUGGCUGCUGUCAACAACUGUAUCGCAUUCAGGAGAUGCAUCCAAUGGCUGCAGCAGCAAGGCAUCCAGGGUUCCCAUGGCGAUGGCUGCAGCAAGUUACCUCACCCCAUCGAUACAGCUGUGGACCGAGCAACGAAGAAAGGCUGCAGGCUGCUGAUAGACGAGAUGCUUUCAGAACUCCAGCCCCAUUUUGUCCAGCUGUGGUCUACGUCCUGGUUCUGUGGGUCUGAUAUUAUCGACACUAUCUGCACUGUCUUGGAGACACACUGCAGUUACUUCACCCACAUCAGGGAGCCCAUCUUCCAGUUCAUGCUGUCUGAAGGCCUCCGGCUGGUAAUUAUUGAUUAUGUCCGUACGCUGGUGCUGAGGAAGAUUGUCUGCAAAAACCCUACGGAACGAGAGAGGCUGUCAGACAGAAUGGCCUGCGAUGCAGAGAAGUUGCACGAGCUCUUCUGUAAUUUGGGAAUGGAAGAACCUGAUCACCUAACCAGAGUGAUUUCUUCUGUAUCAGAGCUCGUGAAACUGAAGGACACUUCCCUCCUCAGUCUGGAGGUCUCCUGCCUUGUAGCCAAUUAUCCUGACAUCAGUGACGAGCACGUUUCCGCCCUGCUGGAUAUCCGGGGCGACGUGCCCAAAGACAUCCGUGGGACGGUGUUGGAGAUGUUGGAGCAGAACUCCCAGCCUGCCCCCGAAGACUACCAGCCCAUCUUCUCUGAGAUCCUGGUGCCGGCUCCCGUUCUCCCCUUCUGCCUGCCUGCUGUCAAAUGCGGAUAAGGCCCCAGACCACCUCCCCAACAACUCCUUCACCCCACCCACCACCUCACAUCUCACUGAGGACCCCAGGGUGGAGUAAGAGGUCACCUGACAAUUGCCCAUGUGACACCAUCUUUCUGUCCACAUCUGACUGUGCAAUGGAUACUGGACGCUAACUUGGCAGAAGGUGUCCAGAUUAAGCAGGCAGACCAGUUGCUGCCAACAUUAGUGAGCCCCUGGUCUUCAAGCCUCUGAUUUUCCCCCCCUAUCCCCACUCAGACAUACACUUACCUCUCAUAUUUGCAGAGGAAUGAAACCUGUUGGUGCCAACUUCCUCCUUCCAAAGCAUGGCCGACAUGCCACCAUCCCACACAGAGUGAAUGUUUGGGCUGGUUCCUGCUACUAUUUUCCAGCUGUUGUGUCCUCUGUAGGAGAGAGGAAUACCAGUAAAGAGUCACACUUGACCACCCAGCUGAAAAUUCCACCAAGGGUUGCUGUCAGAGGUCUGGGCACGAGGGGAUUACCUGCCACCAGACCAAAUACAAACCACAUGCCCGCUCCUGGGAGAGAAGGAAAUGCUUAUCAAGCUCAGGACAGCUCGUAAAUGUCACAUCCGCCUUUCAUCGUUUAUUCUCAACACUGGAGCUUCCUGCCUGAGGGAGUUCUGAGCUUACAAUCCUCCCACGCAACCCCAAAUUGACGAAUUAUUUACGCUUUCAUGGGACAAGGGCCUCGCCGGCAAGGCCAGAAAUUUAUUGCCCAUCCUUAAUCGCCCUCGAACUAGGCCAUUUCAGAGAGUCAUGGAUGGAGUUACAUGUGGUCCAGACUGGAUAAGGAUGGCAGAUUUCCUUCGCUAAAGGGUACUAGUGAACCAGAUGGGUUUUUGUAACAAUCAAUGAUAGUUUCAUGGUCAGCAGCUUUACAUUCCAGAUUUAUUAACAAUUUAAAUUCCGUCAGGUGCCAUGAGGUGAUUGGAACCCAUAUUCCCCAGAGCAUUAGCCUAUGAUUCCAAGUGACAUUACCACUAAGCCACCACAUCUCCACUCCACCCUGGAAACCAUUUUCGAAGGCCCCUUCCCUCAGGUAGCCAGAGAGAGUGCCCGCUUUGAAUUGCAGGUCAGUAACCUGAUUAGUGGAAUUUUGAGGAAUUGUGCGUGGAUCCUGGUCACCGCAGUGAAAGAAAAUGGCCAGGGAAACUUGCGGUAUUAAAUGCACAGUGCCAGGAACGGUGGGUGUGGGUUAUGGAGUGGGAGUGGGCCGGCAGGCCUUUGCGAGACUGGGACGCCCUCACCUUGCCCUCAACUUUUCACCCCACGACAUAAAAUCCCAUUUUUGUCCCCGGCCUAGAAUUGGCAAGUUACUCUAGGGUGUCCUGUCAGAGAAUGUAGCUGGACUGACCAGAUUUCAACUAGACCCAAGCUGCGAAUACUGCCUUGGCAGCUGGGUGGUGCCCCCACCCUGUUGAUCUGUCAGGUCUACCUCUGAAAUUGAAAGUGGCCCCCGGUUAAUGACACUGGGGUUCACGCUGAUCCCUCACAACUCAGGCUUUUGACUAUAACCAGAGGCUUCAGCCUGUAUCAGGCGACAGACCUCACCAACACCCUCCCACCAACCAUCCUGCAGGAACAACAAUGUGUCUGAGUAGGGAGAUUACAUUGGUAAGGCUAAUGUCGUGGACAUGGAUGUCAAUAAAUGGUAUGUUAACUCAAAAAGGCCUCCCAACUGAUUUCAUUGAUCCGAUCACCCUAUGCAUCAAAACCAGAGCCCAGUCCAUAUGCCACCAAGGGACGUGGGAUCAAAUGGGAUUGAAUAGACCCCUCUUUAAAGCCCAACUCCAAUACAAUCCUGUCCUUGUCCAGUAAAAGACUUGUACAGAUCAUUGGUGCGGUUUGCUACACACUCUCUGUUUCAGAGCAAGAGAACAGCAGGGUCUUCAUUUUCACUGAAGGACUAGCCUCACUGUGCACUGAAAAUCACACACUGCACUCGGUCACCACUUCCUGACUAUUCCUAGCCACAGUGAGCUCUGUUUCCUGGUGGUUCCUCGAGUGUUAUCAAUGUAGUUGUGACCUCUUAGCACAUAAGCAGUGAGACCUGCUUGUGUGAUAACAAGGUGUGGGGCUAGAUGAACACAG